AUGCGUUCUGUCAAACGUCGUUUUGUGACCUGGACACAUGUUGGGAGCAUAUGCUCACUUCCCUGAUUGCUUUGACACUCUCCAGUCUUCCAAAGUUCCUUCGAAGGUCCUGGGAUCCUAGGACUCGUAUCGGGAUAUUUUAUACAGUGAGCUCGUGACUUUUCGAUCACCAGCGCAGGAAUCAAAUUGGUCCUUGACGUCCUUUCAAGAUGAUUGUCAGUAUUUCUUGCGUCCAAAGGCUCCGAGUCCUUGCAAGAUGCGUAUAAGCACUCGUACAAGGAAGCAAACUUGACCAGUACGAAAACCCGAUCCCUCUAGUCUAACACGAUGCCUUACUAUGGACCUGACGAACCGUACGAAACCAUCAUACUCGAGCGCUACUUCCUGGCGGGGGAUGUUGUCGUUGGAUUAGGCUUCGGGAUUCAAACCGUGCUCUAUGUAUCCUGCGCAUUAUUCCUUUGGAAGCGCCGAAAGCAGAACCCAAUCGCUCUCUUCCUACUUGCAUACAUCACGUUGCUUUUGUCGAUUGAGAUUAUCUUCGUCGGGGUUCAGGCCAAUACGGUGCAAAUGAUAUAUAUCGACAACCGCAACUACCCAGGGGGACCAUGGCAAUUUUUCCUCGACACUCAAAACCUGGCCGUGAACGUUAUAUUCUACGCAACACUCUUCGUCCUGACGUUUUUAUCUGACAUACUAGUGCUGUGGCGAUGUUGGGUUAUCUGGACGGCAUCCGGUCAAGUCAUAGCAUAUUUUGUAACUGCUUUCCCCGCUAUAACACUCUUGGCUUCCUUCGUAAUGGGAACGUUGUGGACAUUGCAGUCCAGCCAGCCCGGGCUCUCUUUUUACAGUGCCUUGCCUCUUGCCUAUGGGGAAGCAUAUUAUGCAAUAUCUCUCGGUGUGAACAUCAUGCUCACCCUUUUCAUUAUUCUGCGACUCUACAUGUAUCGCCGUAGACUCCUUUCGAGUCUUCCCCCUGAACAUGCCCGUCAUUACGUCUCACUCGCUACUAUCAUCGUCGAGUCUGCUGCACUCUACUCAAUUUUCGCUAUCUUGUUCCUAAUCACCUACGCCGUGGGGCAUCCAACUAAUCAAAUAUUCCUGGGUGUCGCUUCAGCUACUCAGCAAAUCUCAGGAUACCUCAUCAUAUACCGUCUAGCGGAGGGUCGAGCGUGGAAAAAGAACACCCUCAAUACGAUGCCUUUGAGUUCCAUGAACUUUGGCAAUCCACCCGUCUGUGCAGAAAGCGGUACUGCAACGCAUCUAGGAACUUUGCAGUUACAUUCCCGCGCCGCUAACAACGGAGCGAAGGAGGAAGAGAGAUCAACAGACGAAGAAGUUUGAUGAUGGGAUAAUUAGGUCUGAAGUCACGAUCUCACUAGUAUAUGCGCUUUGAUCCUGCGGUUUUUAUAUGUACCUGGUUCUUCGGUCUUGAUUAAUAUCUAUACCUCGUUGUCUUUUCGGGCAGGGGCGGAUGGCCAGGAGGAACCCACAUGAUAAGUAUUAUUGUUAUCGUAAGUUAUCCUUUAUACUCCUCGAUGACCGACUUAGGGGUCUUAUAUUCGCCAACUGGGACGUACCGAUGAUUAAAC